UUUUGUUUUCCUUCGAGGCAAAAAUCAAUAAAAACUGAAAAUUAGAUUGAAGAAUCGGUUCCAAAAUUUUCAUCUUCGAUUUCGUCAAAAUGAUGAACUCGGAAAUGAGCAGCAGCAUGCAGUCGGGUCGGCCGGAGAGUGAGUUCAGCAUCGAGUGCUUCCAGAACUACACGGCACCGGAGGUUUUCGUGCAGGGACUCGCCGGGCUGGUCAACCAAACCGACGUAGAGGUCAUGAUUCGGGCCCAGAAGCAGAUGUUGCAGCGAUUUGAGAAAACGAACGAAAUGCUGCUAAAUUGUAACGCGCUCAGCCAAAGUCGGCUCAAAAUUGCGACGGACGACUUCAAAAAGCACACAAAAUUGCUGCACGACAUGAAGAAAGAUUUGGACUACAUUUUCAAAAAGAUUCGCAACAUCAAGUCCAAACUCGGCAGCCAGUAUCCGCAGGCCUUCGCGGAGGCGGAGGCGAAAAACCGGUCCGUUUGCUUCGACGAGGAGGACGAAAUCGACACCGGAAGCCGGGCGGAAACGCUGGACGAGUGCCCCCCCAGCAAAACGGGCACCCCGGUGAGGGUGAUCACGGCGGCGGCGGCGGAAGAGGCCACGGAAAAGCAGAAACGUGGCUCCGUCAAGGAGAAGAAGAAGCCGGCGGUGGCCGAAGCGUCCACGACCGUGAGCUACAUGAAGAUGGAGCAGAGCCCGGAGAACCGCAAGUCGGGCAAAACGACGCCGAGCGAUCCGAAGCGACGGUCGCUGCUUUCGACGCACAGCAGCUCGACGGACAAUUCGAACGACUCUUCGGAGUGCACGUCGGACACGGGUUAGACGUUGAGUUGGGUAGUUUUGAGUCGCUUUGCCAUUUUAGCUGUAAUCUGUCUGUAAUUUAUCGAAUAUAUU